CGUGAUUAUAGUUGUUUAAAUUGAAUAAUAGUAAACAGCCAUUUACUCGCAACUUAAUUAUGAUGUCUUAUUGUGGUACUUGUAAAAAUAUUACAGUACUUGGAGCAGGCGCUUUUGGGACCGCAAUGGCUGUAGUGGCUGCUAGAAAUAAUCAUAAAGUUAUUUUACUUUGCCGUUAUCAAGAUCAGGCGGAUUAUAUUAAUAACCAUAACGUCAAUCCUAUAGUUUUUCAGGAAUACACACUUUCACCUUUAAUAAAGGCUACGUCCUCUGUAAACGAGGCUCUAGCCCAUCCUGAUCUUGUGAUUCACGCUAUACCCGUACAGCAAUCUUUUUCUUUUUUAAAAGAAAUUUCUAAUCUACUUCCAAAAAGUGCGCCUGUGUUAUCGACUAGUAAAGGGAUUCAUGUUGAAACUGAAUUGUUGAUGUGCGGGAUUUUGGACGAGGUACUGGAUGAAAACCAUCCGACUGCUUUUCUUUCAGGGCCGUCUUUUGCUAAAGAAGUGAUUGCGGGAUCCCCAACAACAGUAGUGAUUGGUUCAAAACAAUCUCAGACGGCUGUAUUUAUAAGUGAACUUUUAUCCAAUCAAUAUUUUCGAGCUUAUGUCACUGACGACGUGAUUGGUCUUGAGAUUGGUGGCGCCUUAAAGAAUCCGCUCGCUAUUGGUGCAGGGAUUAUUGAAGGGCUUGGUCACGGCGCUAAUUCGCUUGUUGCUUUUAUUAUCAGAGGAUGCUUUGAAAUGAAAAAGUUGGGGGUCGUGUAG